UAACAGCACCAGUAACGUGUACGCCGCGAGAAAUGCCUGCGUGCUAGCCUGUGAUUUACAUAACAAAAGCGUUGAAACAUAACAAAAAACCAAGGGUGAAACCCCUCGUCCGGCUCGGUGAUCUUGAAAGGAUGGAUUGACCCUUUUUUACUGCUCAUGCACACAUAUGCUCAUUUGAACCGCAAGCGGUUGUGUGGAAUGGUUGCGUUUUAGUCCUCUCAGCUGUGCCAGGUACCAUUUUCCGCUUUUGAGCUGGAUGGCUAGUCUCACGCGCUGGUAACAGUAUCAAACAAACAGGUUGAUUUGAGUUUGAGAAACGUCAGGAGCACAAUAUGGGAAAGAGGGACCAAGUCAUUGAGUACCCUACCAGAUCUAGUCAAGUGGAAUUAGUGAAGUCUGAGGACAGUGAGAGCGGAGAUGAGAACGAAGAGAGGGGCAACUGGGGCAGCAAAUUAGAGUUUCUUCUGUCGUGCACAGGCUAUGCUGUGGGCUUGGGGAACGUGUGGCGUUUCCCGUACCUCUGCUAUCGCAAUGGAGGAGGUGCUUUCCUGAUCCCCUAUGUCAUCAUGUUGGCCUUUGCUGGCCUGCCUCUGUUCUUCCUUGAGGUCAGCUUUGGCCAGUAUUGCAGCUUAGGGCCCAUCUCUUGUUGGAGAGCAGUUCCAAUGUUCAGAGGCGUUGGAUAUGGCAUGCUGAUUGUUUCAGCUUACGUAGGCAUCUACUACAAUGUGAUCAUCAUGUACACCCUGUACUACAUGUUUGCCUCCUUUACGUCAGUCCUACCUUGGGUUGGCUGUGGCAGAGAAUGGAAUACACGCUUCUGUUCUGAUAUUGUCAGAGACUGUUUGAAUAAUAGAGGAAUUGUUACUUUCAACAACACAUGUGUCAAGCUAAGUAGCUUAACAACAGAUGAACUAGAGUCAUACAACAUCACUCGUAACUAUGGAGGCUACAAUUUGUCACUGUACACAGACCCGUUCCUGAAAUCUAGAAAACCUGCUUCGGAGGAAUAUUGGAAGUUGCAAGUGUUGAAAGAGGCUGAUUCCAUUGGUGAACCUGGUGAGAUUCAGUGGCAGCUGGCUCUCUGUCUCCUCCUAGCUUGGAUCAUCAUCUUCCUGUGCCUCUUCAAGGGUGUUAAGUCAUCUGGCAAGGUGGUAUAUUUUACGGCAACAUUUCCAUAUGUUGUACUGGUCAUCUUGCUGGUACGUGGAGUGACGCUUGAAGGGUAUUUUGAUGGUGUGCUGUUUUUCAUUACCCCAAGGUGGGAGACGCUGUCAAAUCCACAGGUGUGGCUGGAUGCCGCAGUUCAGAUCUUCUACUCUUUGAGUGCAGCAUGGGGUGGUCUUAUCACACUCGCCUCCUACAACAAGUUCCACAAUAAUUGUUAUUUUGAUUCCGUCUUGGUUGCUACUCUAAACUGUGCCACGAGUAUCUUUGCUGGCUUUGUCAUCUUCUCUAUCAUGGGCUUCAUGGCCAACGAGCUCAACAGAGAAGUUGGUGAUGUAGUCGAUGAAGGUUUUGGCUUGGCCUUCAUAGCUUAUCCUGAGGCAGUAGCUCGUCUACCUGUCUCCCCUCUCUGGGCCAUCCUCUUUUUUGUCAUGUUGCUGACUCUGGGCCUGGACAGUCAGUUUACUAUCAUGGAGACAGUGGUGACAGCAAUUGUAGAUGAACUUCCCCAACUCCGCAAGAAGAAGACAUUCGUCAUGCUAGCGGCUUGUGGCUUAGGCUACUUGUUGGGAUUCACAUGCAUCACAAGGGCUGGGCCUUACUGGGUAGAAUUGAUGGAUAGCUACGGUGCCAGUUUUUCCUUGCUUAUCUAUGGUCUUUGUGAGUGCAUUGCCAUCAGCUGGCUGUAUGGCAUCAAACGCUUCAAGAAUGACAUCCGCACCAUGAUUGGUGAUAGCUGGGUGGACUUCCCAACCUUCGUCUGGUGGCCUCUCAACUGGUGUGCUAUCACACCAGCUCUGCUCAGUUUUGUAUUGAUGUUCAACUGGAUGAAUUGGUCCGAGCCAUCAUACAAUGGACCCUACCCGGCCUGGGCUCAUGCCAUUGGCUGGAUGAUGAUUCUCAGCUCACUGAUCUGGAUCCCCAUCAUUAUCAACUAUGAAUUCAUUCGAACGCCUGGAUCAUUAUCUGAGCGCUGGCAGGCUAUGUCUAAUCCACGGGAAGUCUGGGGCCCAGCACUCGGCAAGUUCCGUUUGGAGGCCAGCCAAGUCCACAAAGAGCAUGGCACAACCUUUGGUGGGCGACUUGCGAAUCAGACGGCCGAUCUCAACGGUCGGAAGAAUGAUCUAGGGGCUAAGAUGCCAGCUGUCAUUUUUACCCCUGGAAUGGCCAAUGAAGGAUUUGACCCUCCAUUGUAAUAGGAGAUCAGUGAUUGCUGGUAGGUGUUAAUUCCUACAUGGAUCUAGCCUGGGCUGAAUUCUCAGUUGAACAAAUCAAUGAUGAGAUGAUGCUUUCCAAAACGUGGACACAACUUUGGGAUGAAAUGUGGACAACAAAUCCUCAGAUUUAAUCAGAGCUCCACUACAUGAUAAAAUCACAAAACGUCAGAUAUCUUAUCAGCAUGGCUACAUUUAUAUAAAAAAAGGAUUAAUUUGAAUAAUAUUGUUCUUCAGAUGUUUGGCAAAGAAAGUAUUGUUCUUACAGUUGCACUAUCAUCAGAAAUUCAUCUUUUUGCCCAAAUUUCUAUUGUCACACUGCAAUCGACUCAUAAUCGUAUAGAUCAUUAAUAAUCCUUAAAAGAAAUUGGCAGAGUUGGUAACAUAGCAAUCAGAAUUUUUAGAUUAAAGUCCAAAGGAAGUAAAGACGGUAAUUCAAAGUUAAAGUCCUGACUGAAUAAGCCUAGAAUCUUGAAAUGUGUCUUUCAAAGCCUUGUGUUUAAUUCAAUAAGCUAAUUAAGUACACUUUCUUUCAAUUGUUUAAACUACAUACAGUUUGGGAGGAAAUGGCUAGCUUUCCCAGCUCUAAACCAGUGUAGUGUUUUAGAUGAGUACUCUUGGGAAAAUAAGAUCAUGCACAGAAGUAGGUUCAAUUAAUGAGUAUUUUGACAUUUGGAUACCCUUGAAUGAGCACAAUUUAACAAGUUCAAAUAGGUUACGAGUAUAAAAAAAACCUCUUCUGUAAUGAAUAUGAAUACCAAAUCACUACCCGAAAUGUAACCAGUCAGCAAAAACAAGAUUUUUGAGGGGCAUCCUUACUGGCAUGAAUAUUUUCCAUUUCCGUCACUGGGGGCAGCAGCAUAUCCAGCUUUUGGUGACAGCGGGUGCAAAUUCAAUGUUUAAUAUCACAACAGUCUUCAAACAGUCAUUGAAUCACCCCUGCUCUCUAUUUUGAAAAAGUUUCUAUCUUUUCUGUUGGAACUGGACAGAAAAUCUCGCAGUUCUCUCAUAGCCAAACAAGUUUUUCAUUACCUUCAACAAAGUUGUACGUUUCUCAUGUAAACCUCGUUAAGUUCAGCAAUGGCGAUGCUUAGCCAUAUAUGAUGAGCUAGUCAAUUCAUCUCUUUCCAGUUUGGUGCAACUCAUGCCAAAUGAAAUGUAAGUCACGCCUUAAUUUGUUGCAUAAGUUGCAAAAAGACACAGUGCAUAAGUUCAGUGAAAUCACUCUUAAUUAUUUGCUCCGUGUACGCAAUAAAAUGUGGCAUAAGUGAUGUUACCCCAUUGCAUAAAGUUUUGUGAAAUUGGCUGCAGGUGCCAUAGCAGUGGGAAGGCAGCAUUUAUGUGCGCUGAUUGUCCAUUCAUGUGUAGUGUACAUAAUAUCGCUUAGCAAGGACUACGCUCAAUGUACCUGGUACAUUAGUUUCUUGAAUUGUUCAUGGGAAAACAGUUGAGGAGUACAUUGACAUAUUUGAGUCAGUAAAUCAUUACAUCUUGAAAAAAUCAGUAAAUCAAAUAACUGAUAUCAUACAACCAAAAUUAGUGGGAGAUAUUGCAUUGUUGCUUUCCAUUCUGCAUAGUUGCAGAAUUCUGCAUAUUUGAAAAUUGCAAAUAAAACCUAUCUGUAAAUGUGCUACUAUGGUAACAUGACUGUCCGUACAAGUUGAAACAUAAAUCCCUACUCUGGCUUUGGAAGUAUCUGGCUCAAGACAAGUUUCAUCAAAUAAUGCGGGCAAUUCAGUUGUAAUUUUAUUAAAACUUUUGUACAAUCAAUUCUAAUUGUAGUUAUAAAUUUAAACAUGAGAAUUGUGUACAAACAUCUGAGCACUAUUUUGUCAACUUUAAUGCUGACACUGACUCACAACUAAAAUAAUAGCGAAAAGUACAAUUUUUUCUAUUUUUGAAAACCACUGAUUUGUUUCAUAAUGUACAAUCAUUGUCAAUUAUUUAUGAUUUAUAUUCUCAAAGUUCACUAUCAAUACUUUCUUAUUAAGUAUAUUUUUAUUAAACUAUUUUAUGACUGGAUAUGAUAAAGUAUUCACUUUAUCUUUUAAACAUAAAAUGCCUUUUGGACAUAUUUUAUAUAAGCUGGGUUGGAAAACACAACGAAUGUCUGUAUAUUUAGAAAGCAUUUUUACCACAUUUACAUUCCCAAUUUAAGGGUUUCUUACAAGAGAAUUUAGGGUUUUGUGUGUAUAUUUGGGAUCAUGUUUUAUCAGCAAUUUUUUCUAUGUGCUUGAUGCAGCAGGUGUACUGAUGAAUUAUAAUGCAUUUGUAUAAUAGUAAACAAAAAUGGUAACUGCACAAGUCAUUUAUGAAAGUAAUUGUGGGUAUUUAUAAUGACGUAGGAGAACAUUUCAUUUUUUUAAAUUGUUGUCUAAUUGUCACCACUUCGUUUAAUGUCCUAAUUAUGUAGCUUAGUAGUCAUGCCUGUUACACAGAUUGAUUAAGUAUGUCAGUGAUUUGCGUAUCAAUCAAUUUCUGCAUUUUGAUUAUCUUUAUACAUACACUUAGAUAGAUAUUUUGUAAUCUGUUUUUAGGACUGCUAUGUGAUCUGAAGCCUGGGACAAAUUGUGAAUUAAUUUAUGUUUUACGUAUAUCGAUGAAAGGAAUAAUUAUGCAAAAGAUAAGCAUAAAUCAGGAAGUUUUCUGCAGUUGCAUUUUUUGUUAAAUGAUUUUCAAAAUAAUAAUGAAUAUUUAUAAAGUGCGCUUCCAACAUU